AUGGAGAUGAAGGUGGGUUAUUAUCGCCAAACAUGCCCUGAGGCCGAGGAGAUUAUCAGUGAAACUGUUGCCAAAGCUGUUAAAGCCAAUCCUGGUGUAGCAGCUGCUCUCAUAAGGAUGCAUUUCCAUGAUUGCUUUGUAAGAGGUUGCGAUGGAUCAAUUCUCCUUGAUUCCUCAGACGACACAGCAGAGAAGGACCCACCCGUCAACAACCCAAGCCUGAGGGGCUACGACAUUAUUGAUGAAGCCAAAUGCUGGUGGACUAUUUUGGGCUGUUCAAGGUGGACGAAGAGACUGAAGGGUAUCUCUCGCAUCAGAGGUCACAUGGUCACUCUCUCAGGGGCCCAUUCAAUUGGGGUUUCUCACUGUAGUUCGUUCACCGGAGAUCAUCUGUAUAACUUCAGCGGCCGAGGCGGUCAAGAUCCUUCCAUGGACUCUAAAUAUGCUCUUCAGCUCAAGGCCAAAUGCCCCUCUUCAGCUUCAAACGACACCGUUGUUCCACUGGAUCGUCUCACUCCCACUAAACAGGUAAACAUUAACGCCAAGUACCCCAAGAUUUGGAGGGAAAAUUUUGGAAGGGCAAUGAUAAAGAUGGGUGCAAUUGACGUGUUGACGGGAUCGCAGGGAGAGAUAAGGAAACAGUGCCAUGUCCCCAACUAG